GUACAUGGAACAGGCUGCACCUGGCAGCAGAUGUAUGGACACAUGGAUUGUACUCAGUCAUAAUCUAUGGCUGUGCUGAGUCCUAGGAGAGCGGUUCCAGCAUAACCUGAUUAACCCCCGGCACACCGGCGAGCUCAGUGAUUACACAGUUCCAGGGAUAUCACCCAGCAAUGAGUCACUAGGGACACAACCUGUUUUACUAGAAUACAAAGUCUAAGCAGAAGGUGAAUUAUGGGAGGAAUGCAGCAUGCAACGAUCUGUCGCUCAGGAGCCGCAUCACGGCGUUCCAUCUGCAAUAAGUAUCACCUCUGACUGAUUCUGGCUCAUUAAUGAGGUCACAGAAGAUUUGGCGCAGAAGUUGCUUUAAACAUGGAACCUGGUUUCAAUAUUGGGUUUAUGGACCAUGUGACGAAUCCUAAUUCCAGUGAACAAUUCCCGCAAUCCUCUUCUUCCUUCACCCACCCCGGGGCAGGUCACAGGGCAGAGGAUCCCUGCGUUGGUGGCUAUGACUCCUCGCCUCUGGGACAGGACAGCGCAGUGCCAGACAGGAGUAAUGUACAAACCUUGUGCGUUCCAUAUGGAUUUAUAACCAACAACUGGAUUGAGGAACAGCAAUCGUGGUUCCCGUUAGCCCCAGAAGAGGAGACCACUGACCCAACGAUUGCUCCAGAAUUACCAAAUCCACCAAACUUUGUCGGCUUCAGGAUUGGGUUUGAGAGCUAUGGGGGGGUGAAUUACAGUGACCCUAGUGUCCAUUACCACCAUAUUGAUCAUCAGCGGUGUAUUGCUCCUCCACAUGUCAGCACAUGGACCCCAGCCAGGAGACACACGGUGACUGAGGACACUUGGCCGGGGUAUGAGAAUAAGUCUUCUGAAGAUAGAAGCCAUAUUAGAAGGGCGUCAUUGUAUGAUGUUCAUGGGCACUCACCGCAGUAUCCGAAGCCAACGACAACUGACUGGAAAAUUAAACUACUGGAGACAUCACUGGGCAGAGAAACGUCAUUCCCUGAUUUCUGCAAGGCAGUAAAACUCAUAAGAAGCAGAUUCUGCGCCUCAGACCGGUCCUCUAACCCCGGUAGAAUAUGGAGUGUGGCGAUUUCUUUUCCAGAAGAUGUAGCCGACACAGAGAUAGAAAUUUACGUCUUCAGCGACAGUCUUCAAACUCCUCUGCACAUUGCCCAUAGAGAUUCUGUUCGUGUAGAAGAUUUAAUUGCAGAUAUUUUCCACAACUUACAUCAUCCCGCCCCUCAGGUCCCACCAUAUCAUCCCGCCCCUCAGGUGCCACCAUAUCAUCCCGCCCCUCAGGUGCCACCACAUCAUCCCGCCCCUCAGGUGCCACCACAUCAUCCCGCCCCUCAGGUGCCACCAUAUCAUCCUGCUCUUCAGGUGCCACCACAUCAUCCCACCCCUCAAGUGCCACCAUAUCAUCCCGCCCCUCAGGUGCCACCAUAUCAUCCCGCCCCUCAGGUGCCACCAUAUCAUUACGCCCCUCAGGUGCCACCAUAUCAUUAUGCCCCUCAGGUGCCACCAUAUCAUCCCACCCCUGAGGUGCCACCACAUCAUCCCACCCCUCAGGUCCCACCACACUCUUCUUCUAUAGAGGCUUCAUAUGUAUUUGCCCCCAGCAACCAUCAUUAUGCUCCCCAGAUUCAGUACUCAGGUCAUCAGUAUCCGUACUCUGCUUCACAGAAUCAGUACUCGGGUUAUCAGUACUCGGCUACUCAGAAUCAGUACUCAGGUCAUCAGUUUCAGUACUUGGCACCCCAGGGCGAGUACUCGGCUAGCCAUAAUCAGUACUCAAUGCCUCAGUAUCAGUAUUCCGCUUCACAGAAUCUGUACCCUUCUCUACAUGGCCAGUACUCGGCUCACCAGGAUCAGUACUCGGCCCCCCAGGAUCGGUACUCUGUCCCCCAGGAUCGGUACUCGGCCCCCCAGGAUCGGUACUCGGCCCCCCAGGAUCGGUACUCGGCCCCCCAGGAUCAGUACCCUACUCUACAUGGCCAGUACUCCGCCCCCCAGGAUCAGUACUCCGCCCCCCAGUCUCUAUAUCCUUCUCUACAGGAUCUGAGUCCCCUGCAACAAAGUCAGCAUUCCCCAUCACAGCCCCUAUAUCCUUCUCUACAAGACUCUCUGCUGCAGAGCUUGGAGCCUUCAGGACGUCCGCAAGACCCUGCGCCGGGAAAUAGUUUUCUGAGCAUCUGCGGCUUUGAUGAGUAUUUACAGAUGGGGUACAGCCUACGGAGUCACACACAUCUGCAGAGACUGUCCUGCGUUCGGCUUCGGCUCCAUAUUGGAGGGGACACGCCCGCCCUGGCUCGCACAGCUGAGGAUGAUCAGGAGGAGCUAAACCUCAGCGACCGACUGGAACACGCUCAGUACUGGGGGGAGCUGAGAAAAAGUCUAUUUAGUGCCGUAUCGUUCUAUGAAGAUCAAGUCCGACAUUUUCUCCAGAACCAGCAUGCAGGAGUCGGCAAUGUGCUGGAAUCUGUCAAAGAAAUCUGCUAUCUUCUUCGGUCAGUGGAAACAAAAGAAAUCACCAAUGCCGUCCAAAAGCUGUCUGCUGCAAUGUACCUGCCGGCUCAGAGCUGGACACAGCCGCCAAACACCCUCACUCCUGAGCAGAGCGCGGUGAUGGAACUUUCCAGGGUCAUCUCUCAGCUUAUCAACACUUACAGCAGAAGUUUCCAUACGGAUUUCCAGGCUGUAACUGGCGGUGUGACCUGCGCGCCGGACACUAAGCAGCCGCACCUGAGCUUCCACCUGUACGCGGCACAUAACCUGCCUGAGAGAUGGGCGACAAGUGAUAACAGUUUCAGCCUCUCCUGUUCGGUCACUUACGCCGGGAGGAAGAUCUGUCCUGAAGUAAAAACCAGAAAUGUUCCAGCUACAAAGUCUUUCUUCUCAAUGGUUAUUUGGAAUGAGAUGAUCACGUUCCCUGUCCCCGUGGCGACCAUCCCGUAUGAGUCCAUGCUGGUGCUGAGACUGUGCGCAGUGAGCGAGACCUCUCCGGGCGGCUCCUUCCUCGCCUGGUCCUGUCUGCCCCUCUACUCAGACCAACAGAUUGUCCACGGGUCCCUGCUACUAAACAUGGUGUCUCACGUGGAGCCACCUCCUGUCAUCACCCCGGCAGCCUUCGAUGUCUCCUUACCAUCUCUAAUGACUGUGCAGGUUGACUUUCCAGAAUCAGAUCAUACAUUUCAGAGACCUGUAGUGGUGGAGAGAACCUACAGCGCUGAGGAACCGUAUGACGAUCCCGGUCACCAGCUGGAAUUCCUGUCUCAUCGGAACUCUGUGCUCCUACUAUCGCAGCUGGAUAAGCAGAGUCUGUGGCAUUAUCGCCGGCACCCCAACAUGCCCAGGAACAUUCUCCCGCUGGUGCUGGGCAGUGCGCCUAGCUGGGACCCUCCAUCUAUAUCUGCCAUGUACCAGGUCCUGAAGGACUGGCCCUUUACCAACCCGCUGGAGGGGCUCGGCCUGCUGAAUUCAUGCUUUCCAGAUGUGAUCAUCCGCGAGGCGGCCUGCCGUCAGAUCCAGCAGCUGUCUGAUGAUGAAUUGCUGGGGUUCCUCCCACAGCUCGUCCAGGCACUGAAGUUUGAUUGGCACCUGGAUGGCGCGCUGGUGAAGCUCCUCCUCCAGCGCUCGAUGCAGAGUCUCCAGGUGGCUCAUAGACUCUUCUGGCUGCUGACAGACGCGGCGAAUGAAGCUUAUUACAGGAGCUUCUAUCAGAGGAUCCUGGCCGCCCUCCAGCUCUGCGCAGGGAGAGCCUGCAACCGGCAAUUCCUGAAACAAAAGCGGCUCCUGAAAAUACUACAGGACAUCGCAGAGAAAGUCAAGAGUUCUGUGGAAGAGAAGAGACAGGAGACGCUGAAUUUGGCCCUGAGUGACCUGGAUCGUUUCUUUGCAGAAGAAGCCGUUUGCCGCCUUCCCCAGGACCCAGCAAUCGUUGUGAAAGGAAUUGAUCGAGAUUUGUGCUCUUACUUCAAAUCCAACGCCAAGCCGCUGAAACUCUCCUUCAUCAACGCCGAUCUCCAGGGGCCGAACAUUCACGUCAUAUUCAAGAUUGGAGACGAUAUUCGGCAGGACAUGCUGGUUCUCCAGUUUGUUGAAUUAAUGGACAGAAUUUGGCUCCAUGAGGGCUUAGACCUGCGUAUGAUCACCUACAAGUGUUUAUCAACAGGAAGAAAGCAAGGUUUGAUUCAGAUGGUUCCAGAUUCUACAACUCUGGCAAAAAUACAGAACAAGACGGGGAUUUUUGGACCUUUAAAAGACACCUCGAUGAAAAAGUGGUUUAAAAACAACAAGACGGCUUCUGAGAACUUUCUGCGUUCCUGCGCCGGCUGGUGCGUUAUCACCUUCAUUCUGGGCGUUUGUGAUCGCCACAAUGACAAUAUCAUGCUGACAACCGCCGGACACAUGUUUCACAUAGACUUUGGGAAGUUUCUAGGCAACGCCCAGAUGUUUGGGAAAGUGAAGAGAGACCGCGCACCGUUCAUCUUCACCAGCGAGAUGGAAUAUUUUAUUACUGAAGAAGGGAAGAGUCCGCAUCGUGCUCAGGAGUUUGUAGACCUCUGCUGCUGUGCAUACAACAUUAUCCGCAAGCACAGUGACUUCAUUAUCAAUCUCCUGGAACUGAUGCUGCAGGCUGGUCUCCCGGAGUUAUCCAAGGUACAGGAUCUGAAAUAUGUCCAUGAUAACCUGAGGCCGUAUGACUCCGAUCUUAAAGCCACAAGUUAUUUCACCAGCAAAAUUACGGAGAGUUUACAAUGUGUAGCAGUAAAACUAAACUUCCUGAUCCACGCCUUUGCCACCAUGUCACCGCUGGACGCUGCGAGGAAAGCCGGAGACACGAAGCCGUCCUUCUCGCAGUUCAUUAGGAAGAAAACUGUAAAGGGAAUUCAAAAGAUCCACAAGAUGGUGAGUUCCGGCCUCGCCCGGUACAAAGUGUGA